AUGUUUUUAUUAAAUAAUUGCUUUGUCCUUUUUCUGUUUAUUUUGUUUGUGCCUUUUUUAAAUGCCGAGAAAGAAGUUGUUGGUUAUGGUAGUCACACAAAAGAAGGGGAGAAAAUUACAAAAAUGGGGGUAGCUCAAAGGAUUGUAAACAAAAAUGAGGAUUUGGAAGGCUACGGAAAUGUUGAGAAUGCUUGUAAUGUUUCGAUUGAUGAUGGAGGGAAUAUUAUUUUGCAUUACACAAAAGAAGGAACAAUUAAAGAGAAAGGUUGUGUUGUGGAUAUGUUGACAACAGAAAAAUGGAGUGAUCGUUUCGAGUUUGUUGCUACUGUAAUGAAUGACCCCGAGGAAUUGGGAAAAUGUUUAAAACCAAAGUUGGAGAGUGGAAUGAAUGAAAAUACGCUUCCAUUUGCCUUUAGUAUUAAUUUGAAUAUAUUUAAAGAACUUUUGAAAGGUCCCCAACAUAAUUAUGGCUCUUGUGCCUUCUGUGAUGUUGUUAAAGAUAAAUGUAUGGAAAGGACUGGAUUGGAGUUUGCUUGGAGUAUACAUGAAAGAGUUAAUGUGCAUAUGGGGCCGAUUGGGGAGCCAAAAGAGUGGGAUAAAAGACACAGCAAAGAUGUACCUUCAAAUAAACAAUCAGAAAUCAAAGUGACGAUUGAAGAAGAAAAAUGGUUUAAAAUUGACGAACCAAAGCUUGAAUAUGAAGGAGAUCGCGUAAAAGAAAAUCCAAAAUGUUAUAAAAAAGAAGAUCGAAUUAAGCCAAAAGCUUGGGAAAUUAUUGGGGGAAAAUAUGAAGGAGGAUUUAAUUAUUUAUUUGUUUUUUAUUUACUUCCACAAAAGGCUACUUUUAAACAUAGCUGUUAUGAUGGAAGUUGUAAAGGUAUUAUUAAGGAAUCGCCUAAUGGACCAAAUUGUAAAGAAAUUCAAAUUAAAUUUAAUGGCUCUAAUUACAAACUUUUAAUGAAUGGGGAAAAUGUUGAUCUUCCAACAACUUUAAAUAUUUCAACUUCCCUCUCAACAACAAAUAUUCCAAUUAAUUCUACAAAUAUUCAAACAACAAAUAUUUUAACAACAAAAGAAGAGGAGGGGGGUAGUGCAAAAUGGUUGUUAAUUGGGGGAAUUGGUGGAAGUAUUUUAAUAAUUUUAAUAAUUGGAGGUGUUAUUUUAUUUAUUCUAAUGAUUAGUAAAAAUAAUAAAGAAGGGAAUAAUGAGGAGACAAAAGGGGAAAGUAAUGUUGUUAGGGGAAUGUCGACAACAAAUGUUGGAAUGACUACAACAACAACAAAAAACACAACAAAAGGAGGAAAGACAACAACAACAACAACAAAGAAAAAUGAGGAAAGUAAAGGAGGAGAAGGGGGAGGGAAAAGUACUAAAAAUAUUAGUAAUGUUAGCAAAAAGUAA